UGUCACUGUCAUUGACGAAAUUUCCUGGUGCGAGACCUGAGCGUCGCUGUAUAUCAACAACAAAAAACGGCCAGCAAAUGAUUAUCGGCGGUUCGUAUGCAUUCAUAAACUACGAUUUUACUGGAAAAUAAAUCUGACGGCUCGGGAAAACCUCACGAGUGGAUCAGGUCUUCUGCCCGGGCUUUCACCGGGGGAUUUCUUAAACGAUCUGGUAGCAGGUGGUAGCCGAGAGGCUCGAGGCUCGGAUAUUCAUGCCUCUCUGUUAAUGAAACUGUAUUACGGAUAUCGCACAAGUGCUGCCUCUCGCCAUGUUAAGAUAAAGACACAGAUCUCUGUGUUGAACAUGCUGAAGCGGUUGGAUAAGAUCAGGUUCAGAGGACCGAAGCGAGAUGAGUUCCUGGACCUUGCCGAGUCCCCCAACGCGUCUGACAGCGAAUGUAAUGACGACGUCCCGGUGAAACAGCGGAGCUCAAGCAAAGAUGCAGAGGAGCAGCGAGACCCUGCUGGUUCAGGGAAUCUCAACAUGUCGGCUACCAUCCAGGACUACCAGAGGUGUGAAACGGACCGGUUCAAUGAAAUCAAAGGUCACCUAGAGAUAGCCUUACUGGAAAAGCACUUCCUUCAGGAGGAGCUCCGGAAGCUUCGAGAAGAGACAAACGUCGAGAUGCUAAAGCAAGAGCUUGAGAAAGAGAAGUCGAAAAGAGUCGAUCUUGAGCAAAAAAUGAAUGACAUUCUCAGAUCCAGACUAGAAGACUCACCCCCUCCACCUUCAAAGCCACAAGUUACUACUGUCAAUGGAACAGGUGAAAAACAGAAAGAGACCCUACGCUCUCAGUUGUGGAAAUGGCUUUAUGAACGCUUUGGGGUUUAUAUCGAAGAUUUCCGCUUUCAGCCUGAAGAGAGCACGGUCGAGACUGAAGAACCAUUAAGUGCUAAAAGAUUAACUGAAAAUAUGAGACGACUCAAACGGGGUGCUAAACCUGUAACUAACUUCAUGAGGAACCUUUCUGCUUUAUCCAGUUGGCAUUCUGUAUACACGUCAGCCAUCGCCUUUAUUAUCUAUAUGAAUGCUGCCUGGCAUGGCUGGGUUAUCCCCAUGUUUCUAUUUUUAGCCAUUCUGCGAUUGUCCUUGAAUUACCUCAUUGCAAAAGGUUGGAGAAUACAAUGGAGUAUCGUGCCUGAGGUCUCAGAACCAGUGGAACCUCCAAAGGAAGAUCUCACAGUCUCAGAGAAGUUUCAGUUGGUUCUGGAUGUUGCACAGAAAGCACAGAAUCUGUUUGGAAAGAUGUCUGACGUUUUGGAGAAGAUCAAAAACCUGUUCAUGUGGGUGCAGCCCGAAAUCACUCAGAAACUCUAUGUUGGUUUGUGGGUGGCCUUCAUCGCUUCCUGUUUCCUGCCGUACAAACUCUUGGGCUUUAUGAUGGGUAUCUAUGCUGGGAUCAAAUUCUUCAUCAUCGAUUUCAUCUUCAAAAGCUGCCCUAAAUUAAGAGACAAAUACGACACCCCCUACAUAGUAUGGACCAGUUUACCGACCGACCCACAGCUUAAAGAGCGAAACCACGCCACUCUGAACAGACGGCUGUCUGGGUUCGAAAAGCAGAUCCAGCCGGUGGUAGCACGCGGUAGUCAAGCAGCCGGAAUGCCGUGCGGAAUCGGUCGGGAGGAAGAGGGCGGACGGACAUACAACACAAAAAGAGGCCCAUUUCAUGAAGUCUUCAACUUGUCUGAGAAUGAGCGCCCCCUGUCAGUGUGCGAAAACGGAUGGCGAUGUUGCUUGAUCAACAGAGACAGAAAAAUGCCGACCGACUACAUCCGCAAUGGUGUUUUAUAUGUAACAGAGAAUUACUUAUGUUUCGAGAGCUCCAGCUCCAGGGCUGCUUCAUCCAAAAAAAACAAAGUCAUCAAACUCCUUGACAUCACUGACCUUCAGAAGUACAAGGUGUUGUCGGUAUUGCCUGGAUCUGGAAUGGGAAUCUCCAUUACGACACCGUCCACUAUAAAGCCUCUCGUGUUCGGUGCCAUGAUCCAUCGGGACGAGGCCUUCGAAGCCAUCCAAACUCAGUACGUGAAGAUCAUGAAUACAACAGCAGCUCCCACAGUCCCAAAUCCAGAGACGUAGGACACGAUCAUAUAACAUAACUUAGUCUAUAAAUCACCCUUACGUCGAUGUAGCACUAUCUAACCCCAGCGCGGAGACUAUAGAUGUCUUUCUGACAUCUUCAGGAUGCAAGUGAAAAGAUGGACUUGCAAUGGAGAACCUUCAGUUUUUCAUAUUCUCUUUUAGAUAAAUUGUGAGUAUUAAUGGAGGGGUUUUAUAUAUUCUCUCAGACGUACUAUAGUCUUACACAAGUGUUUGUCAGAACGGAUCAUAUUUUAUAAGGUUAGUGGUCGUACCUGUUGUGUCCUGUGUACUAUAUAACAGCGAAAUACCACUUUAGAAAGGAGCUGGUACUCCUUUGAUACGAUUCAAUGGGCUCUAAUGGAGAGAUCUGUGCGAUUCGUGUGUAGUCAGAUCAUAUAACCAGUCGUCUCGGAGCUUAGUGUAGUUUUUUUUUUUGCUUAAUUGCAUCACCGCUGGCCUUGCACAAAGAAACGCUGCACUCACUGUAGUGGUGUUGAGAGCUUUUAGAUGUGAUUUAGGGAAGAAAGAGAGACUUAACCUCAAUACUUCAUGGUACCACACGUAGGUGGUCAGUAACACUCAGCACAGUAAAGAUACAUUAAGUAAAAUUUGUCCUUUAUCGUGCUAAGUUUUAUUGAUUGUUUAUAUACAUUUCUGUUUUCAGUAUUUGUUUUAGUUGCAUCCUGACAUAAGCAACUUCUAUUUUAAAGGGAUAGUUCACUCAGAAAUGACUUGCCCUUAUGUUGUUCACUUGUUUGAAUCACUUUGUUUGGAUAUAUUGAAUUGGAUAUUGGAAGAAAGUCAUACAGGAAUGACAUGAGGAUGAGUCAGUUGUUUUUGGGUGAAUGUUCUCUUAAAUAAAGCACAAAAAUGUCACCGGUCUUAUCCAUAAAAUGAAUGCGCACAAAGUGUGAAAGACUGUUUAGACUAAGCAGGGAUUCACUGGUAAUGUUAAAAGGACACGUCACUGUUUUGGAAAAUAUGCUCAUUUUCCAGCUCCCCUAAAGUUAAACAUUUGAUUCUUAUCGAGGGGCAACCUUCCGAUCUCUCUGAUGAAGCCAAUACGGAAGUGACUUAAACUGCAAUUCAUCGACUGGCCGCUAGAGGCAGGCUCCAAAAGGAAGUCAAUUCCCAUAGACCUUCAUGUUAAAAUGGCCCACUUUUACAGUAGAAAAUAAUGUUUACAGCCUGGUACAAAGUGUUUUUGGUCUGUAUAGCUUAUUUUGCCCUUCGUGACAAAUUUUUUGUAACUCAUCCGUUUAAAUUAUAUUAAGCCUUAAAGUUCUGCAUAAUUAAGGGCGUGGCCACAUGAGUGAGGGUUGAACAGCCACUGCUAUCACUAGUCGAGCUAGGCGGGCGUGGUUUCAGCAACCAGCCACCUCAGCUUCACCCAAGUCCCGCCUCUUAACCCAUUUUUGGAUAUCCCCGAGUGAUGCGCUGUGACGCGUGGCCAAGAUGGUGACGGCAGGCACCGCCUACUUUAAGCUUCAAAACGAUUUUCAGAAACGUAUGGGUGACGUCACGGACAGUACGUCCACCUUUAUUACAGUCUAUGAUUUUUACCAUUUUGGAAUCCAUUUAGAUGAUCUCCGGGUCUGGCGCUACCACUUUUAGCAUAGCUUAGCACAAUCCAUUGAAUCUGAUUAGACCUAACAUCGCGCUAAAAAUAAAUAACCAAAAAGUUUCUAUAUUUUUCUUAUUUAAAACUUGACUCUUCUGUAGUUACAUCGUGUACGUAGAUUGAUGGAAAAUUAAAAGUUGCGAUUUUUUAGGCAGAUAUGGCUAGGAACUAUACUCUCAUUCUGGCGUAAUAAUUAAAGGAAUAGUCUACUCAUUUUCAAUAUUAAAAUAUGUUAUUACCUUAACUAAGAAUUGUUGAUACAUCCCUAUGUCAAUAGCACUUUUGGGAGUACUUCGACUCGGCGCAGUAACACCCUCCCUCUCCCAUUAUGAGAGUGAGAAGGGGAGCGGACUUUUCAGGCGAGUCGAAGUACUCCCAAAAGUGCUAUUACGCCAUACAAUAUAGUUCCUCUUUUAAAUCCGCUUAGAAAAGCGCUACGUUUUAUUUUGUACCACCAAACUUGCUUGUAUAACUACUCGUCUUAAAUAGGAAAAACGUUGAUGUGUUUGGUCACUUCUAACUUUAUCUCUAAAUGGUACCAUUGAAUGAAUGGGGCUAAGCUAAAUGCUAUCGAAGCGUCGCAGCGCGCUCCAGCGCUUACGUGCACGCACACAGAUGAUAGAGGGAUGUAUCAACAAUUCUUAGUUAAGGUAAUAACAUUUUAAUAUUGAAAAUGAGUAGACUAUUCCUUUAAGGACUUUGCUGCCAUAACAUGGCUGCAGGAGGCGCAAUGAUAUUACGCAGUGCCCGAAAAUAGUCCCCUGCUAUUGAAAGAUACUAAGGGGACUAUUUUUGGCUGCUGUGUAAUACCAUUGCGCCUCGUGCAGCCAAGUUACGGCAGCAAAGUCCUUGAUUAUUACGCCAGAAUGAAAGUAUAGUUCCUAGACAUAUCUGCCUAGAAAAUCACAACUUUUAAUUUUCCGUCUGUCUCAGUACACAAUGUAACUACAGAAGAGUCAAGUUUUAAAUAGGAAACAUAUCCAAACUCUUUGGUUAUUUUUGAGCACCAUGCUAAUGGUCUAAUCAGAUUCAAUGGAUUAUGCUAAGCCAGGGGUGGGCAUCGAGGGCCACAGUCCUGCAGAGUUUAGCUUCAACCUUAAUCAAACACACCUGAAUGUCAUUUCCAAACAGUCCUGAAGACUUCAAUUAGAUUUUUCAGCUGUGUUUGAUUAGGGUUGGAGCUAAACUCUGCAGGGACACUGGCCCUCAGGACCAGGAGUUGCCCACCCCUGUGCUAAGCUAUGCUAAAAGUGGUAUUGCCAGACCCGGAGAUCGGCUGAAUGGAUUCCAAAACGGUAAGAAUCAAAUGUUUAACUCUAGAGGAGCUGGAAAAUUAGCUUUUUUUAUUAAAGUGGAGUGUCCCUUUAAUAUUUUUUAUUUGAUUUUUUUAUUCUUGUCAUGUCCUUGUUCUCUAUAUGAUACAAGUAUUCUGCCCCUCAUUAAAGGGAUAGUUUACCCAAAAAUGAAAACUGACAUUAUUUACUCACCCUUAAGUUGUUCCAAACCUGUAUAAAUUUCUUUGUUCUGUUGUUGUAUUCAAGCAGAAAACAGAAGCACCAUUGACUUCCAUAGUAGGAAAACAAAACACUUAUGUAAGUCAAUGGUUCCUAAUAACGGUUUGAUUAUAAACAUUACUCAAAAUAUCUUCCUUUGUGUACAGCAGACAGGCUUGGAACGACUCAAGGAUGAGUACAUUUUUGGGUGAACUAUCCCUUUAAAUGUGUUUUACAGACAAGGGCUUAGCUAAAGCCAGGACUAUGCCUUAAGAUGUUUAAGCAUCUUUUAUAAACAUGCCUUAAAAAAGACAUUACUGGUGUGAAUCUUGAGACAAAUCAAUGGCACUGGUGUAUUUUAAGAUCUGUUUAAGACAAGCAUGUGUAGGAUAAGCACUAACUAAGCAUUGUCUGUGAAACCGGGGAAUAGUGAAACGACUUAUGUUGCAAAUCCUGCACCCUGUAAUAAAAUCAGUUCACCUUAGGGAGGCGGUAUCGCGUUGCAAUAAGGUUGCAUUUGUUAACAUUAGUAAAUGCAUUAGUUAACAUUGUGCAAUAGUUUUUUUAUUUGCAUUUAUUAAUGUUAGUUAAAGCAAAUUGUUCAUGAUAAACAGUAACAACUUUUGAUUUAAAAGAUGCAUUAGUAAAUGCAGAAAUCAACUUCAACAGCAUUUAAUAAUCUUAGUUUAUGUAUUGUUAGCGAAUGCAUUAAUUAAUGUUAACACAUACAACCUUACUGUAAAAUGUUACCAAAAAAAAACAAAAGUUUUGUGCAUCUUUGACAUUGUACACUACUUUUAAAUACAUUGCUUCAUGGUUUACGUUUUUAUGUUUACUAUGCAGACCUCAUUAGCUCCUUUAGGAUUAAAAGCAGGUCUUUUCUUACUUAGGGGAUGAGAGAGCAGUUUUCCAACUAACUGGUAUGUCAUGAGUUUUAUCUUUUGUAAGUUUUUGACUUUGUCAAACUCGUUGAUCUUCUAAUGUUCAUGGAUUUCAGAUCGUGCUGAAUUGCACUGUAGUUUAGUUUUCUUGAUUAUUUAAUCUGCUCCAAAGCCUUCUGCCUUAUUCUGCCAAUUUCUUUCAAACCAUUCGCACGUUUUUUUUUUCCUCAAAUGUUUUGAGUCAGUAUAUGCUUUUUUUAGGGUACGAACAGGACUUCAUGUAUGCUCCUAAUUUACUAAGUAGCACUUUUGGGCUUUCUAAAUAUAAAACCACUAAAUAAACAGUUUGGUUAGAAUUAACACUGAAUACAUUUAUGAUACAGUAGUGCACCCUGGUAAAUGAUUGUGGUUAUACUUAUUUUACUUUUCACAUCCUAAAAAUGUAUUUUAUUAAUGAAUGCAGUAGAAAAAAAUUACCGCUAAGGAUUGUAAUUUGCCAAAAACGUCUGCCCCUAAACAAUUGUGUUUACGAAGAAUUAUGUUGAUCCCAUUUUCUAAAGCUAGUUUGAUCCCUGGGUUACUAGGGGAAUGAAAACUAGCCUUUUUACCUGUAAUAAACAUUGGAGGUGCUGGGAAAUGGCGGAUUUAAACAUUGCCUUGCUGAAAACAGAAGACAUUUUUGUAACAUUUCAUUCUUUUAGCAUGCAUCUAAGUUGCGUUGUUGUUGUUUUUGCCCAACUUUAACUUCUUUGGAAGUCAUUGCUUAUAGCAUGAAGGGGGGUGAGUUGUUUUUCGAGUGUAUUUCCCUGUUUCAAGUUGAUUUAUGUUUUACAUUUAAUUACUGUACGUGCACUUUGGUACAGCCGACUGGUUUUAAAUAAACUUUGCAGAAAACAACCACCUAUAAAAUCUUCACAACUGACACUUUUCGAAUUUGUUCAGAAAUCUGAUGUGGAAACUGUUUGUUCAUAAGGUGUUUGUAUUUACACUGGUGUACUUGUCUUAGACUUCACUGGAGAAGAAAUAAAGUCUGAUGGAUUUCUUUGUAA